GAUUCUGUCUAUUUUACAUUGCUAAGCAACAUGAACGUUGGCCAGUGCCGUUAGCCGCCGACGGUUUACUGGAUGUACGGCUUUGAUUUAGCCAAAGUUUAAUAAAUACCUGUGAGGAAACAGACGGUGUCAUUUAAAGCAAGCAACAUUGGCUGCACUCAGAACACUGCAGCUCUGAAUGACAUGGAUGAAAGCCAGGGAGAGGAGGGUACUGACCCUCAGGGAAUAAUGACCCCUGGCACUGAACAGCUGCAAUCCAACCUGGAUUAUGGUAGUAAUGAUGAAAGUCCUAGUGCUGCUGGAGGAACCAGUGAAGGAUCUACUGGCUCCAGGGACUGUACUCCUGACCACACAAAGGCCUCAGCCUUUGAUGGCGUACUCUCUUACAUCCAUGAGCUUCAGGAAAGCCAAAGACAACUUGAGGAAUCCUUUGAAAGCUUAAGAGACAGCUACCAGCAAGACUACAGUUUGAUCUUAGAGGCCCUUCAAGAGGAACAGAGCAGAUGUGACUAUUUAGAACAACGACUCACUGAUGUGACAGAACUGAUUCAGAAGGAAGUUUGGAACAUGGAAAAAGAACUAGCUACCAAAGAGAAGUUUGCUGAUCAGCCUUAUGAUACGCAAGAUUUUACUGAGGUGCUGCAGGCCUGUGAGACACGUCUCUUCAAGCUGGAGCAGCAGCAGCAGCAAGAACAGACGAUGCAGCCAGAGAGAUGGACAAAUACCACACAUCUACUUGGAAAACUAAUAAAUGUACCACUAGCCAUUAUGGCUGUCCUUUUGGUGCUGGUGUCCAAAGUGGCCAGCUGUGUGGUCCUGUUUGUGAAAACAUCCCGUCGAAUUCUUUGCACACUACUUUUUCUGAUCCUUUUGUCGUUCCUGUGGAGGCACCAGGAAGUCAUUUUAGACCAUCUGUUUCUAUUUCUGCACUCAGCAUCCUGGAAAUGAGAAAUAAACUGGAUUCAGACACCA